GGCAUCAUAAACCAUUGCUAUGCCUUCACCAAUUUUCAUUUCACAGCCACCGCCAGGAUUCUCCGUUUUGGCCAUCUUGCGGGGCUUCCAGCUCUCGUUUCUCGGGGCGUAUCGGUCCCUUCAGAACCCCGACUUGCUCCACAAUAAAUACUAUUCUCAAGCCCUCGCGGCGGUGAAACUCUCGCUUGCAAUACAGGUCCUUCUCUGGGCACCACUCAUUGCUCUCAAGCUUUUUUUCAAGGUUCUCGCAAUGCUCGUGGGCGACCGUAUCGACUUCCACGGGAUCAUCGACACCUUGCGCUUCCUCCAGAACUCUGUGUUCAAUGUUGGGCCAUUUGUUGCCAGUUUGGUCCGCUUCUUCAGACCAGAGCUUGACGACAUGUUCCUCACCUCCUUGGCCUUUGUUGACAGCGUUUAUUUGCACAAACACCCCGAGCGCACGGAGCGCCAGUACCACCAGCACUUGGUACUGUUUAAGAAGGUGCCGAGACAGAGGACAAAGGUGACCGAUUACGUUUCAAAGGUGGUGAGCUUUUUCCAUCUUAACGGAAAUACCGUCGACUUGAGCGAGGUGGUGGUGCGGUAUCUCAAGCGCACAGCUAUCACCUUGGCGGUGUAUCUCUUGUCAUCGAUUCCCGGGAUCGGGCCGCUCGUGGUGUCGAUUGUAUCCUUCUACAGUUUCAAUGGCGUGGUGGGAACACCAGCAGCGGUGGCCGUCUUUACUAUCUUCUUGUUUACUCCCAAGCGAACCACGAUCGUGCUUCUCUCGGCGUUCUGGGGCGCCAGAGGGAUUGUGGCGGACCUUCUCGUGCCGUACUUCUCGCGGGUUCCGUUCACCAAGUCCGAAAAGAAGCAAUGGUUUCGAGCCAGAGAGGGUGUUUUGUUUGGAUUUGGCUUCUGUUUCUACUUUCUCUUGAAGAUCCCGUUCGUGGGGGUGUUGAUGUACGGGUUUGCCGAAGCCAGUACCGCCUACUUGCUCACCAAGAUUACCGAUCCACCACCCCACAACAGCAGUGAGUUGAUCACCUGGACCGCUACCCAGACGGUUUGGACCAAGGAGCGCUAUGUGUUGAGCGGCGAAGCUCUCCAGCAUGACGAGGGGUUUACUCCGAUCCCAGGCUCGUUUAUUGUCGGACCGGCGUCGGAAAUCAUCCGCACAGGAACCCCUCUGAUGGCCGGAUACAAGCGUGGAUAGACUAGGAUGUGGUUGUGUGGGCAAAACCAUAUGAUACCACUGAAUAAGCUAAAUCUCAGAAAUUAUCGGUUUGUUAUGUAAGAUUUUAAUUUACAUACAGCAUUAAUUAAACCAAGCGGCGAAAGCUUUCUCCUACAGAAUUUUUUCAGUAUUUAUUCGCUACCACUCACAACCGAG